AAACAAGUCGUGGUAAGUAGUUCCCGCAGCACAUCUUUGCUAAUAGCCAGUGUCUCCAAACAUUCCAUCAUGGCUUCGACAGAAGAGCAGCAGACAUCAUGUCUCUUCCCUGGGGGAUCUGGCCUGGCGAGUGGUAUCCAGCAGCGGCCACUAUCCGUUCGAGUAGAUUUGAGCCACGCCGAGCUGGUGCAACGGCUUUUGUCGAACGUGGAUGGUACAAAGUCUUUGGUUGCUGCCAUACAGGCGGCAUGGGCAUUGCUGUUGCGCACAUAUACUGGUUUGAAUAGCGUAUGCUACGGUAUCCAAGAAAUUGGAGGUCCUAGCAGUGUGUCAGGGACUAGUGAUGAUGCCAUAUUUGUGACGGACGUCCCCGAUGGGUCGACGGUGGAGGAGCUCCUCUCCCAUAUUGGCUCUGGUAGUUGCGCGGUGUCUGCAACAAGCAACGGAAACCCAGUGUACAACACAGCCAUGCUUUUCCGGUUCGCUGGCGCCAACGCUACACAGUCAACAAAGUCCGCGGCUAUGCCCGAUGCUUGUAACCUUCGCCUUCUUAUCAAGUUCCUGAAGUCGGGUGUUAGCAUCUUUUUAGAAUACCGCAACAAAGCCAUCCCCACCGAACAAGCUCGGAACAUCGCGGGCACAGUCGACAAACUAUUGUCUUGCGUGCUGUCUUCACCAGCUCAGGUCGUCGGCGAAAUUGACCCGCUCAGCGAGCGCAACAAACUCUUGAUAGAAAAGUGGAAUGAUAUCCCAGUGGUCGAGGUCAGCGGCACGGUGCAUGAUACCAUCAUCGCAAAGGCCAGUACGUGUCCUGAAGAACAGGCUAUCUGUGCUUGGGAUGGUGAUGUUAGGUACGACGAACUCAUCCGUGACGCUUCGCGGCUUGCGGUUCGUCUCGUUGAAGUUGGUGUUGGUGCUGAAGUGAUCGUGCCACUGUGCUUCGACAAAUCCAAGUGGAACGUGGUCGCCAUCCUUGGCGUGCUGAUCGCGGGGGGCUGCUUCCUUCCCUUAGACCCCGAGGCUCCAAAAGAACGUCUCCACCACCUCGUCGGAGUCACCGAGGCGAAGGUUGUACUAUGCUCGCCCCAACACCUCCAUCACUUCAACGACGCGGUUGAUAAUAUUCUCCCAAUUGACAGUGCUUUCCUUGAAAGCCUCGGACCACCUUCGCAAUACCCACAAGGACGGGCAGAAACUCACAAUGCUGCCUAUAUCAUUCCCACCUCGGGAACUACUGGCCAGCCUAAGCUCACUCAGGUUGAGCACACACACUUCUGCACCAGCGCUGAAGCGCAUUUUGCUGGACUGGGCAUGGAUACCUCCAAACCAUUGCGUAUGUUACAAUUCGCUGCGCACUCAUUCGAUGCUUCUAUCAUCGAACUUCUUACGCCACUUAUGUUUGGCGGGACUAUUUGUAUUCCCGAUGAACACACCAGACUCAACGAUGUUACAAAAGCGAUGAAUGACAUGCGUGUCUCGCACGCGCAGCUCACCCCCACCUUCGUUCGUUUUCUCGAGCCCUCUAUGGUCCCAAGCUUGAGAUCGAUAGUCCUCAUGGGCGAAGCCAUGUCCCAGUCCAACCUCGAAACAUGGUCAAAAAUCAAUUUGAUCAACGGAUAUGGACCGAGCGAAUGUUCAGUGUCGUGUCUUUCCAGGACCCGCAUGACCUCCAAAUCCGACCCUCGGAAUAUAGGUACCCCGAUAGGUUGCCGUAGUUGGGUAGUGGAUCCCAAAAACCGUCAACACCGCCUUCCCAUCGGCUGUACCGGGGAGCUUCUUAUCGAAGGCCCCAUUGUUGCCCGUGGCUACCUCAACGACACUGAGAAAACCGAUGCGGCCUUCGUGUCCGAUUUAAAAUGGGCAAAGGAUACCUUCUCCCGCGGCUAUCUCACCGGAGAUCUUGUGUUUCAAAACCCAGAUGGGAGCUAUAACAUUGUUGGUCGGAAGGAUAACCAGGUGAAAUAUCAUGGCCAGCGUAUCGAGCUUCUCGAAAUCGAACACCAUCUAAACUUAGAGUCAUCCCUCAAACACAACAUGGUACUUCUGCCGAAGUCUGGACCUUGCGAGGAACGUCUAGUGGCUGUAGUCUCACUAGUCGAGCAUUCUACGGAUGACAAGCCGUUGCAGCUUUUCGAAGGCGCACCAAAGGCUCAGAUAAACUCCCAAAUUGAGUCUAUCCGUGCACGUAUUGCCGAAAGAUUGCCUUUCUAUAUGCUUCCAACAAUCUGGAUCGCAGUCGCCUCGCUCCCUCGCCUCACCUCUGGCAAGCUCGACAGAAAAACUGUUACGCAGUGGCUGGCUGGCAUGACUAAGGAGACCUACCAACAAGCUAUCCCAGGACUGGAUGAAAUUGACACAUCAAUGGAAGCUGUAUCUGAUAUGGAAUCCGUUCUUCGCUCUGUGUGGGCUCACGUUCUCAAUUUUUCUGAGAAGCAGAUUCCAUUGGACCGUCCAUUUCUCGCCCUUGGUGGUGACUCCAUCAGUUCAAUGCAGGUCAUGGGCCAGUGCCGCAAGAAAGGCAUUGCCCUUGGAGUACAGGAGAUCUUGAGAAGUCGAUCCCUUCAACAGCUGGCAAGUGUCGCGAAGGUCACAGGUGCCUCACAAGAACAGUUCGAAGAAGAAUUUGACGUACCUUUCGACCUGACCCCCAUUCAAUCGUUAUGGUUUCAACUCCCCAACCAAGGCCAUGGCCACUUCAAUCAAUCGUUUUACUUGCGCGUCCAGCAGAAAGUUUCUGUGGACGCGUUUCUUGCAGCCGUUCAACAACUCGUUUCUCGCCACUCUAUGCUCAGGUCACGUUUCUUCAAAUCCGAGGACAGCGCCUGGCGCCAGAAGAUCACCAAUGAUGUGACCAAUUCAUUCCGAUUCCGUAACCACAAAGCGUCCACCAAAACCGAGAUUGACUCUUUGAUCGAGGAUUCACAAAAGUGUCUGGAUCACUCCAGUGGCCCUCUCAUUGCAGCAGAUCUGUUCGAGGUCGGCGAUGAGCAACACGCUUUUCUGGUGGGUCACCAUUUGGUCAUUGACCUUGUGACUUGGCGACUGCUUCUGGAAGAGCUGGAAGACAUCUUGAAAGGCGAAGCACUCUUACCGCCCGCCUUGCCUUUCCAGAGAUGGGCACAGUUGCAGCGCGAACAUGCAGAUACGCUUCCGAUUGAGAAAGUUCUUCCGGCUGUUGACGUGCGUCCGCUGGACUUCUCUUACUGGGGCAUCGAGCAUGCUGAUAACACCUAUGGUAAUGCUGGUCACGCCAGCUUCGAGCUGGACCAAUCACUCACUGCUUUGUUUCUUACCGAGUGCCACAAUCCAUUGAGAACAGAGCCCGUUGAAGUCCUUCUGGCCGCAUUGAUUCAAUCAUGGUCUCAUGUUUUUACCGACAGACAAUUACCAGCUAUCUUCAAUGAAGGUCACGGGAGAGAGCCGUGGAACUCCGAAAUUGAUAUUUCUCGUACAGUUGGAUGGUUCACGACCCUAUACCCGGUUUUUGCAAACCCAUCCGAAAAUGUUGUCGACACGGUACGAAAGAUCAAGGACUUCCGUAGACAGAUUCCAGAUAAUGGACGUCCUUAUUUCGCGCGUCGAUGUCUCACCUCGGAGGGUCUCGAGAAAUUUGACAGCCAUUGGCCCAUGGAAAUAUCGUUCAACUACCUUGGUCAAUAUCAACAACUUGAACGAUCCGAUGCCCUAUUGCAGCCACUUGAAAGUAUGGCCGGAGAAACUCGUGAGGCAGGCGGUACAGCAGACGUGGGUCAUGCAGCCCCGCGAUUUGCCCUCUUUGAGAUUUCCGCCAUCAUCUUCAAAGGCCGCUUAAAAUUCGCCUUCACAUUCAAUCGCCACAUGCAGCAUCAAGAGCGUAUAAGCCAAUGGGUGUCAGAGUGUCAGAAAAUCCUCACUAGUAUGAUCCAAACACUCCCCAAACUAGAGCCGACACCUACUAUGAGCGACUUUCCAUUGCUCUCCCUGACUGAAGAUCGCUUCCGCUCCAUGCUGGAUAACCUUUCAAAACUUGGUAUUCCACCCACAGACUUGGAAGACGCGUAUCCCUGCUCCAGCAUGCAAGAAGGUCUUUUACUUUCCCAGUCCAAAGAUUCCGGGUUCUACGCUGCUGUGACAGUCCAUGAACUAGUUUUGCCAAACGGUCAUCUGGAACGGCAAAGGGUAGUUGAUGCAUGGGACCGUGUCGUCCAACAUCAUCCAGCCCUACGGACCAUCUUCCUCGAAAAUGUGGGCACAGACGAAGGUCUAUACGACCAGAUUGUUCUGAGACAAGUUAAUUCAAACGUUGUUCACCUUGAGUGCGAAAACAAACAGGAAGCACUUAGGAAGUUAGAGCAACAGCGUUCAGUCAGCUAUGAAAAUGGUCGCAGCCCACCUCAUCGAUUCACUAUUUGCAAUACGGCUGACAGCAAGAUUAUUGUUUGUCUUGAGAUCAGUCACGCGAUCAUGGACGGACACUCAAUGAGUCUUCUCAUGCAAAAUCUCCGAGAGGCCUAUGAAGAUCAGCUGCGCGGAGAGGGACCGUCAUACAGCGAGUACAUUUCCUAUCUGAUGAGCCAACCUCAGGAGGAGAGCCUUGACUACUGGAGAUCUCACUUGAACGGAAGCGAAGUUUGUUCGUUCCCCGUCCUCGACGACAACAUCAGUGUCGAAAAAGAGCUCAGAUCCAUCCGUGUGGAUUUUGGGGGAAUCAGCAUACUCGAUCUUCAGAAUCUGUGCAAUGCGCAUGGUGUCACACUGUCUAACAUCUUUCACACUGCAUGGGCAAUUACCCUAAGCUGCUAUGUAGGAAGCAAAGAUGUUACAUUCGGCUAUCUGACCUCCGCGCGAGAUUCACAAGACAUUCAUCGUGUGCAAGACAUGGUGGGCCCCAUUAUCAACACGCUCGUUUGCCGUGUCAAUCUUUCUGGUGGUUCCAAGUCUGUCUUGAAUAUAUUACAAGACGUACAGAAAGACUACUUGGAUGCUUUACCGCACCGUCACAUUGCACUUGCAGAGGUGCAGCACACACUCGGGCUCUCGGGUGCAAACCUCUUUAACACCGCCUUAUCGUACCGUCGGCUUCCACCUCAAGCUCCGGUAACCGAGAAAGGCCUGCAACUAGUUGAGGUCGCGCCGAUCUAUGAUCCUACGGAGUAUCCGGUAUCCCUCAAUAUCGAGGUGUCCGACGAUGAUGCGAUGGUCGAUUUGGACUACUGGUCUGACCACAUUUCCGCUGGUCACGCCGCGAAUGUUGCUAGCACGUUUGUCAGGGCCGUCGAAAACAUCGUUUACCAUGCUCAAGAGCAGAUAUCGACGCUUGAUCACCUCAGCGGCCGACAGUUGCAACAGAUUCGCACCUGGAAUGUGAUGCCUGAGACUCUCCAAGAAUGUGUCCACCACAGAUUCGAAUCAUGGGUCGCGACCCAGCCCGAUGCCCCAGCUGUACGCGGCUUUGACGGUGACUAUACGUAUGCUGAGCUUGACGCAACGACAAAUCGUCUGGCUCAUUAUUUAGUCGAGCUGGGCGUCGGUCCUGAGGUUUUCGUACCCACCUGUUUCGACAAGAGUUCGUUUGCUGUUGUCGCCAUGCUCGCAGUGCUGAAAGCCGGUGGAUCCGCAGUUCCGCUUGACGCCAACCAUCCAAAACCCGCACUGGAAUCGCGCGUGGAAGAUACCUCUGCGCAAGUCUGCUUGACGACUUCCGCUCGCUCAGAGCUCUUCGAAGAUGUCGUUCCAGAUGUGGUAAUUGUCGAUAGCGUCCUUUUGGAUGACCUUCCAGACGUUGAAACGCCUGCCUGUACUAGCGUUGCCCCCUGUAACCCAGCCUUCGUUAUAUUCACAUCUGGGUCGACCGGUCGACCUAAAGGUGUAGUGCUUGAACAUGCAGCGAUGGUUACAAGUGCGAACGCGCACGGAACCAAUCUCGGUGUUGGGCCUGGAACAAGAUUCCUCCAAUUCGCAAGCUACACGUUUGACAACUCUUUGGAGGAGAUGUUUACCACGCUCCAAAGAGGUGGAUGCGUAUGCGUACCUUCCGAGGAACAGAGAAUGAACAACAUCGCAGGCGCAAUCGCGGAACUUGAUGCCAAUUUCAUGGAUUUGACCCCUACAGUGGCUUCGCUCCUGAAUCCGACCGACGUUCCCACGAUAAAAGGCAUGGCUUUGGGUGGUGAAGCCCUCACCAAGGUCGUGGUAGAGCAAUGGUACAAACAUGUUCAUCUGCAUGGUCAGUACGGCCCGUCGGAGGCAUCCAUCAACAGCGCCUGGAAAGAUUUCAAACAAGGUGGCGAACCCACAAACAUUGGCCGAGCGAUUGGCAGCGUAUCCUGGAUUGUGGAUCCAGAGAAUCGUGACCGUCUUGUUCCCAUUGGAUGCAAGGGCGAACUGUUGAUUGAGGGACCUAUCCUUAGCCGAGGAUAUCUGAACAAUGAAGAGAAAACUCGUGAGGUUUUUGUUGGACCACCCGAGUGGGCUCGUGGGGAUGAACCGAAUGCAAGACGGUUCUAUUGCACUGGUGAUCUAGUGUAUUACACUUCCGAAGGUGAAAUGAUGUAUCUUGGACGUAAAGAUCAUCAAGUCAAGUUGAACGGUCAACGCAUUGAGCUUGGAGAGAUUGAGCAUCACCUCACACUUAACCUUCCGGGUGAGGCACAGUCAGCGGUUGAGCUCGUCAAGUUCAAAGAUAGUAAAUCCACAAAAGCUCUUGUCGGUUUUCUGUGCCUGUCUUCUGAACCCAGCGGUUCGACCAGUGAUAUUCCGGUCGCAAUUGGGGAAAUGGAAGAGUCUGUCAAAGCCGUGGCUAAGAAUUUGGAAGUCUGUCUUUCGAAUUCCCUGCCGGCAUAUUACGUCCCCUCAAUGUUCCUGCCGGUCACCAGAAUGCCCCUCACCACUUCUGGGAAGCUGGAUCGGAAGGUUCUACGUCAACUGGCCGAAGAUAUUCCAGAAGAUCAGAUGCAAGCCUAUCGACUGGCGGGCAAGAGCGGUCGCGCGCCCUCCGGCCAGGCAGAAGUUUCUUUAGCGCGACUGUGGGCUUCAGUUCUUCGCUUGAGUGAAGACACCGUCGGUGCUGACGACUCAUUUUUCCGCUUGGGAGGCGACAGUAUUGGCGCCAUGAAGCUUGUCACUGAGAGUCGUAAAGAAGGCAUAGUCAUUAGUGUGGCUAACAUCUUUGCGAAACCCAAACUUUCCGAAAUGGCUGCAACAAUCACCGUUCUUUCCACCGACCAAAUGUCUGCAGAGCCCGAGCCUGACGUUCUGCCCUUUGGUCUUAUCCCCGAAGACCAUCGCCGGAAGGUCAUUGAGUUGGUUGCAUCGGAAUGCGGAGUAUUCCAGGAUUCAAUUGAUGAUAUAUACCCGUGCACCCGUCUCCAAGAAGGUCUUAUCGCACUUUCAACCAAAGAGCCAGGCGCCUACGUGGCCGAGACAAUCUAUCGCCUGCCUUCCGAUACCGAUGUAGUACGUUUUAAAGAGGCUUGGAACACUGUAAUUGCCGCAGAGGCCGUCUUACGUACUCGCAUCAUCCACACGGAUGACUACGGCUUUCUGCAAGUCGUCAUACGCGGAGAAAUCGAGUGGAAAGCUUUAAAUGAUCUGCAAGACAUAAAGGAAAUUGACAGACACUUACCAGCCAAGCACGGCGCUCCUUUAUCUACAUACGCGAUCGCUGGAGAGGGCACAUCAUCACCAUACUUUGUCUGGACCGCACACCAUGCAGUAUACGAUGGUUGGAGCUUGCCUCAGAUGCUUUCCAAGGUGGAAGACUGUUACCGUCAAUCCACCCAAGUUCUACCUGAUUCGAUUCCAUACUCCCGUUUCAUCAAAUAUCUAUCUUCGGUUGAUGGAAAGGAAUCAGAUGCGUUUUGGCUGCAAAUGUUUGAGGAUAUCGCGGCACCUCAAUUCCCACCACUUCCUAGCCCGGACUACAAGGUUCAGGCUUCCGCUCAGCUUCUGCAUCAUGUUCCAGUCGCGCAAAGGCGUGGAAUGGAGAUAACCAUGCCAUCUAUGAUUCGGGCUGCUUGGGGAAUGCUGCUUGCUACCUUUACGGGAUCCGAUGAUGUGCUAUGGGGAGAAACGAACUCCGGGCGCGAUAUUCCCGUCCCAGGCAUCGAAGACAUCAUCGGAGCUACAAUCACCACAGCUCCCAUGAGAGUGAAGCUCGAUAGAUCUGCUUCCGUUGCCACCUACUUGCAAGAAGUACAACGCCAGACAGCUGCUGCCUCGCCAUUUCAGUUUGCGGGGAUCCAGCACAUCAGGAAGCUCAGUCCAGACGCUGCGCUAGCGUGCGACUUCCAAAGCCUGUUGGCUAUCACCUCUGGAGAUGGAAUGAAAGAUCCAGAGGGUGGACUGUGGAAUCUGGAGUCCACUGGCACCAUUGGAACGAAUUUCUUCAGCUAUGCGCUCAUUUUCAAUUGCACGGUUGAACGAGAUGGUGUUCACAUUGAAGCGCACUAUGACGACCGCGUCCUUGAUUCUUGGUUGGUGCAGCGCCUCGUGCAGGAAUUCGGCUUCAUCCUCAACCGCUUCAACGAAGAGAAUACGUCGAAGAGAACCCUCGGCGAAAUUGAGCUGUUGAACCCCAGCGAUGAGACAACCAUCACUGCUUGGAACAACAAGCCAGUCAACAUAAUCAACAAAUGCAUCCACUCGCUCAUCUACGACAACCAAGUCGUAUUCCGUCCAGAAGCAAUAGCGAUCGAUUCUUGGGAUACCGGUCCAAUGACCUAUCGAGAGCUAGAUGCGCGGGCCUCACGUUUGGCAUCACGUCUUAUUGGGCUUGGAGUGAAGCCCCAAACAUUCAUACCGUUCUGCUUCGACAAGUCUGGGUGGACGCUCGUGGCUAUUCUUGCUAUUCUCAAAACAGGGGCUGCUUUUGUGCCGCUGGAUUUUGAAGCGCCACUGCUUCGCCUUCGCGAGAUUGUCGCCGAUGUUAAAGCUGAUGUCAUACUCUGCGCCGCACAGUACGAGGAUUUGUGUCGCUCAAUUCCGUGCAACACAUUAGUCGUCAAUGCCAAAGCGACCGAAAACGACGGCAUUUCUCAACGUGCACUGCCCGCCGUACGAAGUGACACACCAGCGUAUGUUCUAUUCACCUCCGGCUCAACUGGAAAACCUAAAGGCGCAGUGAUUCAUCAUCGCUCUUUUGUUACUAGUUCUGCACUCUAUGCGCCUGCAUGGAACAUUACUGAGAAAUCGCGCGCCCUUCAAUUCGCCUCCUACGCUUUUGACUGUUCGUUGAUCGAGAUUCUGAGUGUGUUGAUUCAAGGAGGAACAGUCUGUGUUCCAAACCAAAAAGAGAGAACAGACGAUCUCGCUGGUGUGAUCAAUCGCAUGAAGAUCAACUGGGCAGCACUGACGCCCAGCUUGGUGCGAACUUUGCAGCCUUCGCAGGUCCCACAGCUCAAGACUUUGACUCUGGUUGGUGAAGCUAUGAGCCAGCAAGAUUUGAAUACGUGGGCCGACCGAGUCACGCUCGGCAAUGGAUACGGUCCGACGGAGUGCUCUAUUGUCGCCACUUUCAACAUCAUGACCCCCACUACGAAACCGAAUAACCUCGGCAAGGUCAUUACAGCCAGGGGAUGGGUUGUCUCAAAAGACAAUCACGAUGUUUUGGUACCUGUGGGUGCUAUCGGAGAGCUUCUCAUGGAAGGCGGUGGUGUCGGUGCGGGAUAUUUGAACAACCCCGAGAAAACGGCUCAAGCUUUCAUUGAAGACGUCAAGUGGACUGUCGGCGCAGAUAUCUUAGAUCGUACCGAAACACGCCGUUUCUACAAAACAGGAGACCUGGUCAGAUAUAACGAAGAUGGCACCUUACUUUUCCUGGGACGAAAAGACUCUCAGGCUAAAGUUCGAGGCCAGCGUCUCGAAUUAUCAGAAGUGGAACAUCAUUUGGUCAGUGACGCUCUUGUUCAAAAUGCAAUUGCCGCCGUACCGACUUCUGGACCAUGCGCCAAACGUUUGGUCGGAGUUGUGUCUCUUGAAGACGUUACUCAGACUGGAAAGUCGGAUGACAUUCUCAGCCUCUUACCCCAAGAUCUGGCUUCGUUCAACAUCGUCACUAUCAGAGAUCGACUUUCUGAACGCCUUCCUUCGUACAUGGUGCCUUCUCUGUGGGUUGCCGUGUCGCGGUUCCCGUUGAUGCCGUCUGGGAAGAUGGACCGCAAGCGGGUUGUGCAAUGGCUCGAGCGUAUGGAAACUGAAACAUACCGUACCAUCUCUGCCCUCGGUCUGGAAGAAGAAAAGAACGAUGCAAAUGACGUUGAAAGCAAGCUUCAAGCCAUCUUUGCCCAUGUGCUCAACCUGCCAGUUGAGGAUAUCCAUCUCAAUCAAUCCUUCCUUCAUGCAGGAGGAGACAGUAUCGCCGCCAUGCAGAUUUCUUCAAAAUGUCGCUCGCAAGGCUUGGCAUUGUCCGUACAGGAUAUCAUCCGCGCUAAAUCGAUCACUCAAUUGGCUGCUAUGGCCUCCGUUUCAGUGGAACAGCAGACUGGGCCGGCAAAGGUCGACGACUAUGAUUUACCAUUUGACCUCACACCUAUUCAGCGAGUGUUUUUCGAUUCAGCUGGAAGCGCAUACAAUCACUUCAACCAAAGCGUCGUGUUGCGUCUUUCGCGGGGGUUCGAGGUUGACGAGAUUAUGACUGCUUUUACAUCUUUGGUCACUAUUCAUCCGAUGUUGAGAGCGCGCUACACGAAAGGUGAAUUCAACAAAUGGCAACAACGUAUUGAAAAGAACCCGAAAGACUCCUUCAGACUCCGACAACAUACUGUUCGUACAGCAAACGAUGCAAAUAUGCAGCCGAUCAUCAAUGAGAGCCAGUCGACGUUAGAUAUCACUACCGGCCCGGUGUUCUCUGUAGAUCUAUUCGAGAUCGAGGACACUUUCUCACAAGCUAUUGCGCUGGUUGCGCAUCACCUAGUCAUUGAUGUGGUAUCCUGGGGCGUAGUCUUGGAAGAUCUACAAGCGCUUCUCACCGGCACAACCCCACCUCCUCAAAGUCUGCCUUUCUACUCAUGGCAACAGCAGCAGGCUUUCCAGGCCAAUCAGGACGUCGCGAGCAAGGUUUUCCCUCUUUCGAACAUUCCGCCUCCGGAUUUGGAGUACUGGGGUUUAAGCAACGAGCGCAAUGUCAAUGGAGAUGUCAUCACUGAGGAUAUCGAGCUCUCGCCUAAAGACUCAAUGCUCUUACUCGGUGCACACGAUGCGCUUGCCACAGAACCCUUAGACGUAUUCAUCGCAGCUAUUCUUGAGUCAUUCCGUAAGACUUUCGAAGACAGGCCCACUGCCACCAUCUACAACGAGGGUCACGGCCGCGAGCCAUUUCAAAACACCCAGGACCUUUCGCGUACGAUCGGUUGGUUCACUACUUUAACGCCCCUACACCUUCCAGUGUCGCAGGAUCAACCCACAGACAUUGUUAGCACCAUACGUUGGGUGAAGGAUCUUCGUGAAAGGAUUCCCGGGAAAGGCCGACCUUAUUUCGCUCUUGCAAAUGGAGCGGCUUCAGCUCGCGAUCGCAGCUUUGAUAGAUGGCCGGUGGAGGUGACUUUCAAUUACCUGGGUCGCAUGCAAAAUCUGGAGCGAAAAGACGCGUUGCUUCAGAAACUUGAUGGCAUCAACACCAUGGACAUUGGGGAUGAUGUUCCUCGCUUAUCUAUCUUUGACAUCACGGCUGUGGUGGCACAGGGUACCAUCAAACUUUCAUUCGGCUUCAACCGUCACAUGCAGCGGCAGGAAUUGAUCAAGCAGUGGAUCUCGAAGUGCCGCCAAACACUCAUCGAUGCGGUCGAUCAGUUGCUGCAAGUGCGGCCGGAGCCUAGCUUGAGCGAUUUCAAGCUUCUUCCACUGGCCUACAAUGGAAUGGCCAGGCUGUCUACUCUGUUACCCUCCGGUACUACUAUCGCGGACGUGGAAGAUAUCUAUCCCACCUCGCCAAUGCAGCAAGGUCUUCUUCUGUCCCAGAUGAAGUCGCCUGAUCUUUAUGCCUACCAGUGCACAUUCGAAGUGCGCGCUACAGAACCAGGCGCUUCCAUCAACCCGCGCAAGCUCGCCGAGGCCUGGCAAGUGGUUGUCCAUCGUCAUCCUGCAUUGAGAUCUGUCUUUGUAGAAAGCAUUUCUGAGAAAGGCCGUAUGGACCAGAUUGUCUUCAAAGAGAAGCCUGGUCGAAUCUCUUGGAUCACAGAUUGCGAUGAUGAAGAUAUGACUACAUUCCUGCGCCAGCAGUCUUCGAUCGAUUACCGGGAAUUCAACACCCCUCACCGCUUCAUGGUGUGCAAGACGAAAACGAACAAGGUGUGGGUCAGGCUUGACAUGAGCCACACUAUUUGCGAUGGUGGCUCUAUUCCCAACCUUCUGACUGAUCUGGCUCGAGCGUACGAAGGGAAGCUCACUCGUUCAGAUGCAGGACCACUGUUCAGUGACUUUAUCGCUCAUGUUCUGUCUAACUCGCGCGAAAAUGAUGUGAACUACUGGAAGACGUAUCUUUCAGGAAUCGAGCCAUGCUUCUUUCCGGCUCUCAUUGACGGCAAGCCAGGGCCACGCGAGUCCGGCUCUUGCGAAACUCAUAUUCGUGACACCGCCAGCAUCCAAGCCUUUUGUAAAGCGAAUGGAGUUACCCUAUCUAAUGCGCUACAACUAGUCUGGGCGCUUGUUCUGCAUUUCUACGUUGGCUCUUCGGAUGUUUCAUUUGGCGUCGUGGCAUCCGGUCGCGAUGUCCCCGUCAAAAAUAUCGAACAGGCCGCAGGAUGCUUCGUCAAUAUGCUUAUCUGCAGGCUCAGCUUCACAGAAGAGACACCUAUUCGUCAACUACUACAGACAUUGCAGAACGAUUCAACCAAUGCUCGCGAUCAUCAAGGAUGUUCCCUAGCCGAUGUUCAGCAUGAGCUGCAGCUGCCAUCGCUUUUCAAUACCGUCUUCACGUUCCAGCGCAGACACAUUGAACGAGAUCCCGAAAAGACGGCGCUGGUAUAUGAAGGUGUGGAGGCUGCUGAUCCCAGCGAGUACGAUGUUACUCUAAACGUUGACUCCACUGAUGAGGGCAUCACGAUCGAUUUCAGCUACUGGAAAGACAAAGUGUGUGAUGCGCAAGCCCUCAACAUGUCCGAAACCUUUGAGAAGAUACUAUCGGAUCUCGUUUCCAGUGAAAACGCUGGUCUUGCAGUAGCAGACCUCGAACCUCUGACCAGCGGAAGUCUGGAGCAGAUUAUGGAUUGGAAUGCCGAGUUACCUCCUGCUGUGCGCCGUUGCGUACACGACAUUGUGCGGGAGCAAGCAAUUAUGCGCCCCCGCUCUGCUAAAGCGGUCGAGGGCUGGGACGGGACUUUCACGUAUCAAGAGUUUGAUCAAGUCACCGACCAACUUGCUCUUCACCUGCAAACUCUUGGUGUAGGUACUGAAACUCUUGUCCCCAUCUUGUUCGAGAAGUCUUCAUGGGCGGUUGUCAGUCAGAUCGCUAUCAUGAAGGCUGGUGGGGCGUAUGUUCCACUGGACCCAAAGCACCCGCCUAGCCGUCUGAAGCAAUUAAUCGAGGAUGUGGGAGCCAAGGUCGUGCUGUGCUCGAGGGGUUAUCACCAGAAAGCCAGCGAUGUUGCGGAGCUAGCUGUUAUCAUUGAUAAGGCUGAGAUGAAGAAGGUUCCUUCAUCACGAGGUCAGCGUCCGUCUUCAAACGUUACGCCAGAUAACGCAGCAUACGUUUUGUUCACCUCCGGAACAACGGGCAAGCCCAAAGGCACGAUCGUCACUCACGAAGCGUUCUGUACUAGCGCUGCAGCUUUUACGCCAAUUUUGCACAUGGAUCACACGACACGUACAUUCCAGUUUGCGAGCUACACGUUCGAUGCUAGUUGUACUGAGAUUCUUGCUGCGCUGACCGUUGGUGGUUGUAUCUGCGUGCCGACGGAAGACGAGCGAAUGAGUGACUUGGCUGGUUGUAUACGACGUAUGCGCUGCACGUGGACUCUGCUCACACCCUCCGUACUGGGUUCGAUCAAACCCGAGUGGGUGAGCUGCUUGAAGACAUUGGUUGUGGGUGGUGAAGCAGUACCCGGACCAGUCAUUCAGAAAUGGGCCUCCAAGAUUUGUUUCGUCGAAGCGUAUGGUCCAACCGAGACUGCCAUCAUCUGUGCCACUUGCGCCAAAUCCAACCUUGACAAGAAAAUCGUGGAUGCAGACCCGGGUACCAUUGGAGUGCAGACCGGCUGCAGAGCUUGGGUUGUCCACCCUCAAAACCACCACAAACUAAUGCCCAUUGGAAGUGUCGGGGAGCUUAUCGCUGAAGGUUACAUUGUGGCUCGUGGGUACUUGAACGAGCCCGUGAAAACUGCGAAAGCCUUCAUCCAACGGCCAGCUUGGACAUCGACACUCCCAAGCAAGGAAGAGACUUUCUUCACCACGCGCAUGUAUAAGACUGGAGAUUUGGUGCGCUACAACUCCGACGGUUCGCUUACGUAUAUCGGGCGGGCGGAUUCCCAGAUCAAACUCAACGGCCAACGAAUCGAGCUUGGCGAGAUUGAGUUCCAUGUCAAGAGCAAGUUCCCAGAAGGUGUGCAGUCAGCUGUUGAUCUUGUUUCGCCUGCGAGUCGCACGUCUUCCAAAGCUCUGGCGGCUUUCUUCUGCGCGGAGAACGUUAAACUGGAAUCGACAAACGGAGAUGUGCAGCCUGCCUCUAGCGACCUUCCGGCUGCCGAUGAACUUCUUCUCCCUAUGAGCGACGAUCUUCGCGACAUGUGCAAAGCUAUGGAGAAUGCUGUCACCGGGGCUUUGCCAUCGUACAUGAUACCUUCGCUGUUCUUCCCCGUCGCUAAUAUGCCCUGGACGGCGGCCGGAAAACUCGAUCGUAAUAGGCUGCGUAAUAUGGUUCAGAAUUUGAGCAAGGAAGCGAUCGCGCCGUACCGACUGACGGGUGCCAUGAACAAACGCAAACCAGCUAACCCAGUCGAGAAGAAGUUGCAAAAGCUGGUGUCCACUAUUUUGAAUGUCUCAGCUUCGUCAGUCGGACUCGACGACAAUUUUAUGCGUCUUGGUGGAGACAGUCUAUCUGCAAUGAAGCUUGUUACUGCAGCUCAAGCAGAACAACUCAACUUCUCUGUGGUCGAUGUGUUCAAAUCUCCUAAACUUUCCGAGCUUGCCGCUAAGUGUGGCGGCGGUUCAAGCGCGGCUGCGAUUUCAGUCACCCCGAAAGUCACCCACAAGCGGAGCUUGGAAGCUUUCAGUCUGUUGGAUAGAUCUCUUUCUCGCGCACAGGUUCUUAAUGAGCUCGCGGAUCAGUGUGGGGUGUCCAAGAACAACAUCCAGGAUGCUUAUCCGACAAUGCCACUACAAGAAGCUCUCUUUGCACUUUCAAUCAAGCAGCCUGGUGCGUACGUCGCGCAGCAGAUCCUCGCGCUGUCGAAAUCCUUGGACUUAAACAAAUUCAAAGCGGCGUUCGAGAAGACUGUGCAAGAUCUUGACAUCCUUCGUACACGCGUCGCGCAACUACAAUCCGGGAGCUUCAUUCAGACAGUCCUUGUUGAAGACCCCAUCGAGUGGCGCGAGGCAACAUCACUAGCGGAGACGGAGCGAGAAGCGAAGAAGAUGCCCCAAGGGCUCGGUGCAAAACUGGCUUCGUAUACCAUCGUCAAUACUUCUUCGGGCGAGAGAUAUUUCGUAUGGACUAUACACCAUGCGCUGUACGAUGGCUGGAGUACGCCCCUUAUGUACUACCGUGUACAGCAAAUCUACACUGCAGGGCUGUCUGACCUCCCCAAGACACCAUACAGCCGCUUCAUCAAGUUCCUUCUUCGCCGGGAUCCGAAUGCAUCUACUAAAUUCUGGAAGAAGACUUUGUCUGGUUGCUCGGCUUACAAGUUCCCACAGCGCCCGAGUUUCUCGCCGAACGACGCCCACAAGGGAGAACUGCUGGAGAGUAUUAUCAAGCUACCUGACAACCGCCACAAGAACAUCACCGUUCCGAACGUGAUCCGCCUCGCAUGGGCUAUCCUUCUCGCGGCCUACACAGGGAGUUCAGAUGUUGUGUUCGGUGAAACGCUGGCCGGUCGCGACGUGCCUGUUAACGGCGUAUUAGAGAUGUGUGGACCAACUCUCACGACAGUGCCCACGCGCAUCAAGAUCGACCGUGACGCCACGGUUGCGCGUCUUUUGAAAGCCAUUGCCGACGAUGUAGUGAUUGACCGCAUCGAGCAUCAACACUUCGGUCUGUCAGAAAUCAAGCGUAUCGACGCUGAUGCGGCCGCCGCUUGCGACUUCCAGAACCUCCUCAUUGUCCAAAACGGCUCGGCAGAGGAUGACAGUUCGCAAUCACUGUGGAAAUACGUCGACAAUGGGGCCCAAGGAAGCUUUUUAACAUACCCCUUGGUCGCUGAGUGCACUGCUCUAGCCCGCAAUUCAAGCCUAAAAGUCGAGGUCAAUUUCGACGCAAAUGUUAUCUCGAAGUGGGAAGUGCAACGUUUGGUUUACCAAUUCGAAUCUGUUCUGGCGCAGAUCAACUCUGUUGGAAAUAUCCGCGAUAUCCACGUUUUCAGCGAGCAAGAUAUGGGUCUUGUGCGUCAAUGGAACAGCAAUCAGCCUCUGGCUGUUCCUGGCACCAUCCAUGCACUUUUCCUUGAGCAGGUCAAAGCUAGACCAAGAGCUGCAGCGGUUGCGGCUCACGAUGGCGAGCUUACGUAUCAAGAGCUGUCCAGCCUGUCUAUGCAAUUAGCGCAGGAGUUGGUCAAGCACGGAGCUGGACCUGGCAAGUUGGUGCCGCUCUGUGUCGAUAAGUCGCGAUGGGCAAUUGUUGCUAUCAUGGGUAUCUUGAUGUCUGGCGCUGCAUUCGUGCCGCUUUCGCCACAACACCCGGCAUCGCGUCACGAGCAGAUUAUGAAAAAUUUCGAGGUGACUGUUGUGGUAUGCUCUCCGGAGUACAAGACGCGAUUUGAGAAAGUUGUUGUUGCUAGCGAGGCCUCAAUCCGUCGCUUACCUGCUGUGAAAUCGGAGCUGCCGCUGCAGGCGAAGAGUAGCGAUGUUGCGUAUUGCAUGUUCACUUCUGGGUCUACGGGCUUACCCAAGGGUGUAGUAAUUCAGCAUGAGGCUAUUGUUUCAAGCUCGGUUGCUAUGCGGAAAGCGCUCAAUAUCACUCCCGAGUCAAGAGUGUUCCAAUUUGCCUCGUUCGUCUUUGACGUAUCGGUGCUGGAGGUCUUGACUUCACUGACAUGCGGAGCCGUUUGCUGUGUUCCGUCCGACCAGGAGCGCACUGCUGAUUUGGCUGGCGCUAUUAAUCGUCUUCGCGCAACUUGGACCUGUUUGACGCCCUCGGUUGCGAAUGUUUUGGACGGACCCAGCGCCGUGCCAACGCUCAAGACAUUCGCUUCUGCCGCCGAAGCGCUGACGCCCGAGACCAUUGAGAAAUGGGCGUCUGGGCUAGAACUCAUCAACGCAUACGGUCCAACCGAGAACUCUGUGCUGAGCUUGGUAAACGGCCAAGUCUCGACUCAGCGCGAUCCAACUAAUAUCGGAUUUGCACUGGAAAGCGCACGAACAUGGCUUACGGAGCCCGAAAACCCUCACCGUCUAGCUCCCGUUGGUGCUGUCGCGGAACUUUGUGUUGAAGGACCUCUGCUGGCUAGAGGGUACCUGAACAACCCUGAAAAGACUGCCGAAGUGUUUGUCGAGAACCCUGCAUUCUUAAAAGCAUUCUUGGGCACGACAAGUUCGAACAACCGCAUUUACCGCACCGGCGACUUGGUUCAAUAUGCCCCAGACGGAUCUGUCAAGUAUCUGGGUCGCAAGGAUAACCAGAUCAAGCUCUCUGGCCAAAGAGUAGAGCUUGGUGAGAUCGAACAUCAUCUUCAAGCCGAUAACAGCGUGGAGCUCGCUGUCGUUUUGAUGCCGAAGUCUGGUCCGGGUAAAAGAAAACUCGUUGCCGUUGUGUCAUUCCACGACGUCAAUCUACCAGAUGUUGCUGGAAAACCAUGGAAUACGCCAAUCACCGACACAAAUAUUCUCAAGCGUAUGGAGAAGGCUAAAGAUAGAUUGUCAAAUCUCGUGCCUCCGUACAUGGUGCCGACGGUGUGGGUAGCGGUGCCUAGUAUCCCGAGACUAGCAUCUGCGAAGCUCGAUAAGAAGCAGGUCGGCAUGUGGUUUGAGAAUAUGGACGAUGCUACUUAUCGCCAUAUCUUGAGCUUGGAGAGUAGCGUGGAGCCUGCUCUCGCGAUGUCGGAAGGCGUGAAAGUCUUGAUGGAGGUAUCUGCGAGGGUCUUGAAUGUCCCAGUGUCAAGCGUUAAGCCGAAUAAGUCGUGGCUGUCGCUUGGUGGAGACUCGCUCAUGGCCAUGCAAUUCCUGGCGCAAUGCAGAAAGGAAGGCAUCGCCAUCACGCUGAACCAAGUCCUCCGUGCGAAAUCACUUGCGCAGUUGGCGGAGAACAUCACGACUUCUGUUGGGGCCGAACACAUGGAGGCACAGACAGACAAGCUUUUCGAACUCUCUCCGGUGCAGCGAUUCUACUUUGCCAAUCUGCACAGUGAGAAGAGUGCACAGUUCAACCAGUCUUUCACUGCUCGUCUCUCGCAGCAUGUGGAUUCUUCCGUCGUUCAGAAAGCUGUUGAUGCGCUUGUGAAAUGUCACGCUAUGCUCAGAGCGCGAUUCAUGUUCGAGGACGGAGAGUGGCAACAAAUGGUCGUGUCUCAUUCUGAGAAAGCAUACGCGUAUCGGGUACACGAUAUUUCGACCGUUGAGGCCGCUAUUGACAUCAUCUCUGCAUCCCAGAAGAGUCUCAACAUCACAACUGGACCUCUCUUUUCUGUGGAUCUUCUGAAUGUUGCGAAUGACCAGCAGAUCUUGUUCGUCGCUGCGCACCACCUUGUUGUUGAUGUGGUAAGCUGGAACAUCAUCACUGGUGAUUUGGAAGAAUGCAUCAAGUCCGGCUCCUUUGAGUCUCUACAAAAGGAGCUGCCAUUCCAGAUUUGGAAUGACAAGCAGAUUGCGCAUGCUCUUCAACCUUCACAGGCCAGCAGCGUCCAGAAGCAGAGUUUCAAUGUGGAGCCUGUUGAUCUUGCUUUCUGGGGACUCGACAAACGGGGCAAUCUCUACGGAGACGUCGAACGCGACUCCUUUACCAUCGAUACAGACAUUACUGCCAUGGCGCUUGAUAGUCGCAAUGCGCUGCGAACGGAUAUCGUCGAUUACUUCGUUGCGGCUAUUGUGCAUUCCUUUUCGCGCAUCUUUAUCAGUCGAAAGACGCCCACAGUGUUCAACGAAUCACACGGUCGCGAGCCGUGGGAGUCUAGCAAUGUUGAUCUGUCACGUACUGUCGGGUGGUUCACUACCAUGUACCCCGUCCAUGUUCCCAUUUCCGACGAUGAAGACGACGUUGUCCAGACUGUUCGCCAAGUCAAGGAUAUCCGCCGGAGGAUCACGCAAAAUGGACGCGAGUACUUUGCGCACCGAUUCCUUACACCCGAUGGCAGGAAAAAAUUUAUUGGUCACCAACCUAUGGAGAUUCUGUUCAAUUACCUAGGCAAGUCGCAGAAAUCGGAGACAGGUGACUCGCUGUUCGGACCGUUCGAUGUCAAAGAAGAAGAUGAAGUUACUGUGUCGGAUGUGGGCGAGAAGAUGAAGCGUCUUGCUUUGUUCGAAAUCUCGGCUUCGGUUGUCGAUGGGAGAAUUGAAUUGGGCUUCAUGUACAACGGGCUCAUGAAAAAUCAAAAGGGCAUACGAAGGUGGAUUGUCGAAUGUCAACGCACAUUGGAGGAAGUCAUCACCUCCGUGGCCAGUGUCGAGAAGCCUCAACCGACACUAUCGGAUUACCCGCUCCUCCCUCUGGAUUCGUAUUCCCGCCUCGAUCGCGUCAUCAAAUCCUUGCCCGCUGUCGGCAUCAAGUCGAUUGACCAAGUAGAGGAUAUCUAUCCUUGCGCGACUAUGCAAGAGGGUAUGAUAUUGAGCCAGAUCAAGGAACCGAGCUCAUACUGGUCUUUUGCUACAUUCGAAGUCAAGCCCCCGCGUGGCAGCCGAGUCGAUGUGGGUCGCAUCGAAAGCGCUUGGGCUAGUGUGGUGCAACGACACGCUGCUCUGCGCACUAUAUUCAUCGACAGUGUUUGCAAAGGCGGUGUAUUCGAUCAAGUUGUAGUCGCGGAGCCAGAUACUGGGCUUCUGACGUUCACUUGCAGCGACGCGGAGCUUCAGAGAAAGUUGGACUCGAUCAAAUACGCUAAUUUCAAUGGAAAACGCAAACCUCGUCUGCCGCACCAACUUUCGAUUCUCAAGACGGACUCUGGGCGAAUAAUCGUAAAAUUGGAGAUCAAUCACGCCGUCAUCGAUGGUGGCUCUUGGGCGAUUAUCACAAAGGACCUGCAGGAUGCGUACGAAGGGCGGUUGCCGAGCGAGAAGGGUCCGCUGUACAGCGAGUACAUCAAAUACCUUCGCAGUAUGCCAGCUGAUGCUGCAGUGAAUUUCUGGAAACAGCAGCUCAGGGGUGUGAAGCCAUGCUAUUUCCCUAUCAUCCCGCAGCACUCUUCCAAGCAGCGCCAGCUACACUCGCUCUUCAUGAAGUUCGACCGCUUUGGCGAGGUGCAGACUUUGGCUGAACAUAGCGGGAUCACGUUUGCGAAUAUCUUGCUAGCCACUUGGGCUCUGCUCUUGAGGACUUAUACGAACUCGUCGGAUGUGUGCUACGGAUAUUUGACGUCCGGUCGCAAUGUUCCGAUUGACGGUGUCGAGGGCGCGAUCGGCGCCUUCAUCAAUAUGCUCGUGUCACGUGUAAGCGUCACACAGUCGCACUCCCUCCUUGAUGUUUUCCAAAAAGUGCAGGGAGAUUUCUUCGAUAGCUUGCCGCAUCAGCAUUGCUCGCUGGCCCAGUUCCAGCACGAUUUGGGACUAAGCGGCAAAGCGCUGUUCAAUACCGCUGUGUCGGUGCAGAACUCUGGCGUCACGGCGCAAGGACUUUCCAUGGUAGAAUCCGACGCGGAUGUCGAGUUUGUUCAUCUCAAUGCGCACGAUCCUAGCGAAUUCGCACUCAGCGUGUCUAUUGACGCUACCCGAGGCGAGGAAAUGGUCAAGUUUGCGUACUGGACUGAUUCCAUUUCCGACAACGAAGCGAGCAAUAUUUCGACGCUCAUGGGCAAGAUUCUUUCGCAAGCCAUCGCGGAUGUCAAUAUGACGGUCAAAGAGCUCGAUGCCGCUCUUGAGGACAAGAUCCCACCGCAAGCCGUCAAACCCAGUUCGCGGGCUCCUUUGAAAUACACGCGCCGUCGCAGCACUGCGGAUUCUGAGAUUUCGCUUCGUUCGAUGCGGUCGUAUAGUCGUGGCGAGCUUCCACAGAUUACGACUACGAUAGCUUCGCCUGGUGGCAACAGCGCACCGGAUUUCACGUCUCUGAUCCGGUCUAUUGUCAGUGAGAUGGUGCCGCAGGUUGUCGAUCAGAUCUUGGCGAAGAACAAGAAUGCGCUUCCGCCGGGUCAGGCUACUGUGAAUGAGAUGACGAACCAAAUGACUGGUAUGAUUGCUAGGCGCGCAUCCAUGUCUAUUCGAGGAGGCGUUGGAGGGAGGAGGAUGAGUGAGACUGGGUCGAUCAGAUCUCGCCGCAUGAGCACGGCGAGCGAUACUGAGAGCAGGAUCGGUAUUGCGGUGGACAUGGUAGCAGCUGCGGGGGUGAUGGCGUCUGACGCACUCAAGUCUGCUCCCGCGGACUUUGUGGAGAGAAAGCUGAUGACUUUGUGGGGAGAGUUGCUUGAUAUGGUUGAAGAGACGAUUGAGAAGGAUGAUUCGUUCUUCCAGCUUGGUGGGGAUAGCAUUAUCGCGAUGAGGUUGGUUGGUGCGGCAAGAGAAGAGGGAUUGUCGAUGACGGUCGCGGAUGUGUUCAAGAACCCCACUUUUGCGGAUAUGGCGAGGGUGGUGAGAGUGGCUGGGGAAGUCAUCGAUCAGGUUAUGAGUCAGGCUGGUGAUCGAGAGUCGGUCGCUGGAAGAAGUGUGCAGGGCGGUUCGUCGAAACCGAAGUUGCAACUUCCGCAGAGUACGACGUCGGCGUGGAAGGAUUUCCAGUCUAUGGUGUCUGAUCACGCGAUUGAAGAUACAACCGAUGGCGGGAACUCACCGCCUGAGAAGACGGAAGAGGAGAAGGUUGAUUUGGAAAAGAAGUGGGAUGGGUUUAACCAGUCCACGAAUGGUUCGUCGACGCCUGUUGCGUCGUCGGCUCCUCCGGCGCAUAGAUUCAGCAAACAGCAUCGCAUGCCGACAACUAUCUUGGAGGAAUCAACACCCAAGUCGAUCUCGCUUCUUGGAGAUCCGAAUGUGGAGAGCGUUAUUUCGAAGGUGCAUGUGUUUAAGGGGGGUAUCUCGGAUGUUCUGCCGGUGACGGACUUCCAGUCUCUCGCCAUCACUGGAACGCUACUCGAAUCAAGGUGGAUGCUGAAUCAUUUCUACCUUGAUGGACCGGGACCGCUUGAUAUUCGAAAGCUCAAGCAUGCGGCGUUCCGUGUUGUUCAAGCAUUCGACAUUCUUCGAACUGUUUUUGUGCCGUACGGCGAUCGCUUCCUCCAGGUCAUAUUGAGGAAGUUGCAGCCUGACUUCAUCUUUCAAGAGACCGAUCUCAGUCUGGAAGAGUUUACUACUGAAUUACGGCAGAAAGAUAAGGAACAUGGGCCUCGUCUGGGUGAGGCAUUCACGCAGUUUGUGGUCGCCAAACAGAAGAAAUCCGGCCACUACCGCAUAUUCAUACGCCUCUCUCACGCGCAAUACGAUGGGGUCUGUCUGCCUCGCAUUCUCAGCUCUCUUCAAGCAGGCUACAACGGUCUGCCCAUCUCAACAGCACCCAGCUUUGGGCAGUUCGUGAAGGAGACGGCUAAGACGGUGGCGGGUGCGCACGAUCAUUGGAGAGAGGUGCUCAACGGAUCUAAGAUGACGGAGAUUGUGGCCCGGUACGGACCCAAUUAUCAACGCUCUGUGGGCAAUACCGUCACGCUCAAGCAGAUGGCUACGCUUCCUAGCUUGGCCUAUGUUAACAUCACGCACGCUACGGUCAUGAAAGCGGCGUGGGCUGCGACGCUAGCUCGUAUUGCAAGCAAAUCCGACGUCGUCUUCGGGCACGUCAUCUCCGGGCGCAACAGCACGGUGGCUAACAUCGAAAGCAUUGUGGGUCCAUGCUUGAAUAUGGUUCCCGUUCGCGUGGUUUACAGACCCGAAUGGACUGUUCUCGAUCUGCUCAUGUACAUUCAAGACCAGCAGAUUGCAAACAUGCCAUUUGAGUCGCUGGGCUUCCGAGACAUCACACGCAACUGCACGGACUGGCCCGACUGGACAAAUUUCAGCAGUGUGCUCCAGCAUAACCAGGGCAUGCUUUCUGCGUCAGACGACAAGUUCCUUUUCGGCGGUGUCGAACACACUAUCGGCGUCGAAGCCUCACAGGAAGAUUUUGCGGACUUCUCCAUUCUCUCCACCUCGAACGGUGGCGGCAACAAAGACCAAGUUGAAAUCACGCUCACGUACGCGCCUAACAGCACCAUCACGCCGGACUUUGCGCAAAACGUCUUCGAUAUGCUUUGUGCCAAUGCAAUUACUUUCUCGGAGGAUCCCUACACGCUCCUCCCCUCACCAUCAGAGCUCACUUCGCGCUCCUCAUCGACAGUGACGUCUGAAGGUCUGGCACUCCCUCCCCGCACGAAAUCAGCCGAGAAGGCAGCGCUCGCAUUGCCAACAAAUACCGGGCUCUCUUCUUCAGAAGUCGCAAACCUAGCCGGGCUCCUCCGCACAGCAUGGAGCCAAAUCCUCCGCUCCGACACCUCGGCACCCACAAACGGCACAAACGGAAACGGCAUCCCGCACGCAGUCAACAUCGAUCUCGGUUCAGAUUUCUUCGCUCUCGGCGGCGACAUCAUGGGUCUUGCGCAGCUCGCAUCCAUGCUCGACGAACUCGCUGAAGAUGGCCUCAAAGUCCGCGUCGAGGAUCUGAUUGAUAAGUCGGUGUUUGUGGAUCAGGUUGAGCUGCUUGCGAAUGCGAGACGCGAGGUGCUGAGGAAGGAGGAGAUGAAUCCUUGGGGCGAGAAGGGCAGGAAGGACAAGGAUGGUGGGGUUAAUGGAGAGAAGGGAGGAGAUGGCGAGGUCAUUAAGAAGUUGGAGAGGGUUGAGAGUGGGUUGGGGAAGGUGUUGGGCAGGAUGAGGUUGAGGAAGAGGGAUAGCGGAAAGCUGAGGUGAGACGGGUUGCCAGUUUCGUAAUAUACAGGGUGGGGAUGGAGAAAUUGCUGAUUUCUUUUUGUAUGAUUUUCUUUUGUUGGGUGUUGGCGGUUUUGAUCUAGAUUGUUGUUUUGUUUGAUGUUUUCCAUUGUGGUUUCUAGUAUAGUUAGUCUGUUAUUCUUGUUGUUUACUUG